GCCGCCAGAGAGAAUCGAACGCUAGCUGACAUCAGUAGUAGACGAAGAAGCAAACUGGCUUCCCAUUGGGAAGAGAGUGGUUUGUUGACAAGAACAUUCGUUAAAUAUACUUAGCACUGGAACUGGAGACAAUGAUGCAGAGAUUUUCUCCUCUGACUCAAGGCAUACCUCCGAUAUGCAGUGAGGAGCUCAGUGAAAAUUCAGAAGUAGAGUCUGGCCGAAGCAGUUACAGGAAGCUGAAGAAAACGGCAAAGCGUAGAGCACGGGGUGCAGGCCAGCACAGUCGCGGGAGGAGAAGGAGAGAGCCGCUGUCAGAGGAGGAAGAUGAGCAGAGAGCUGUGAGUUUGGGCAGCGAGGGAGAAGAGGAACCUGUGCCUCGACGCCGGGCUAGUCCCCGAGACUCCAGAGCUGGGUGUAGAAGAAGUAAUAGAAGGCAGCCACAGGUGCCAAAGGGGAGCUCUCUUUAUCAGGCGGCGAAGCAGGCCAGCAAAGACAGUGACCAAUCAGACGACCAGGAUGGUGGAGACGGACGUGAUGGAGAGGAGCUCGACCAAUCGGAGAAUGACUAUGUAGACAGAAAUGAGGAACCAGUGAAAAAGGGGAGGGGUAGAAGAAAGACCAGCAGCAGAGAGGCACCAAAACAGAGGAAGAAACAAACCAGAGAGGAAGAGAGUGAUGGAGAGAAUGAUGGAGAGGAGGAAGACAAGAAACAGGACAGUGAUGGAGAGGAGAACGACAGGGAGGAUGAGUAUGAAUCAAACCAAACGGCAUCAACAAAACGUCAGAAAUCACAGAAAGGACGCUUGAAAAAGCCAAGUAAGAAGAAGCAGACCAGUGAAUUGGAGCAGGAUGCUGCCACAAGGCGUACGCGUGGCCGGAGAAAACGAGUCCUGGACGACAAAGAAGAGUCCGAGGGUGGGGAGGAGAGCGACCCCGAAAAGGACAAAUCAGUGAAACGGAGGCGAAGGAACAAAAUGCGCACAGAAAACGAGGAGAAUUGUGAAGAACAGAGUAGCGAAUCGGAGGCGCCAUCAAAACGAAAGAAAAGACGUUCCAGCAAGGCAAACGGUAAAUCGAGAAAAGAAAAGGACCCGAAUGCACCCAAGAAACCGAGGAAGCCACGUGAGGGGACGGGGCCUUUGACCUGCGAGACCUGCGGCCUGCUGGUGAAGUGCCGAGCGGCUAUGAACAGACACAAGCUCACCCACACGGGCGAGAAGCCAUUUAAGUGCGAGGAGUGCGGCAAGCGCUUUGUCAACUCCACCAACCUGCGCAUCCACCAGAUGGAGCACACGGGCAAGAAGGACCACAUGUGCAACGAGUGCGGCCAACAGUUCACGCACCUGGCCUACCUGAAGCGCCACCUGCUGCGUCACGCCGGCAAGAAGCCGCACACCUGCGCCGAGUGCGGCAAGGGCUUCGUGCAGAAGUACCACCUGACUCGGCACAUGCUGAUCCACAGCGGCGCCAAGCCGUUCAAGUGCCACGUCUGCGGCUUGUCCUUCAACCGGUCGGAGUACCUGACGGGGCACCUCAGGAAGGAGCACCCCGAGGAGGUUCCGGCGGUGGAGGGGGACUCGGCCAACUCUCCAGAGAAGGACCAGGUCACGUGUGUCAUGUGCUCGAAGACGCUGCGGUCCAAGUCCCUGCUGGUGUUGCACAUGCGCACUCACACUGGGGAGCGGCCCUUUUGCUGUGACCAGUGCGGCCGCCGCUUCGUACAGAAAAGCCAACUCACAGCUCACCUGCGCACGCACACAGGCGAGCGCCCGUGGGAAUGCCCGGUGUGCGAGAAGCGCUUCACACGCGGGACGCACAUGAACGACCACAUACGGACUGCACACGGGGAGAACACCUGAAUUUGCAGACGCCAACAGACAUGCAGGGGGUUCCACUUUUACCUAAACACAAGUGUAUCACGCUUGGGACUGAAUCUUUACAACACACACACACACUUUACAUACAUGUAUUUGGAAUUGUUUUAUGUCAAAAUAAUGCUAACAUUCAGUAACAUGUAAGGCAUUGGUUCUCUCUAUGAAUUUUGUUAAUUGUUUAGGUUAUUUUUUUAUUUUCUGUAAGAAUCUUGAUGCUCCAAUUUAAGAUGAUUCAGAUAACAAAACUGAA